AUGUUGAUAGUAUAUGUCGAUGAUAUUGUUAUCACAGGGGAUGAUAUCUUUGGGAUUGCUGAACUGAAGUCUUUCCUUGCUACUGAAUUUGAAAUUAAGGAUCUCAGAAAUCUCUGGUAUUUCCUAGGGAUUGAGGUAGCAAGGUCAAAGAAGGGCAUUUAUAUUUCUCAGAGGAAAUAUGUCAUCGAUUUGCUUCGGGAGGUAGGAAAAUUGGAUUGUAAACCGAUUGAAACUCCGAUUGAUCCCAAUCAUAAGCUGGGAGUUAAUGAUGGAGAUGUUCUUCCUAACAAAGUGGAUAGAAUACUUGCCUAUUUGAAGGGAUGUCCAAGAAAGCGGAUAUUGUAUCCUAAUCAUGGGCAUCUGAAGGUAAAUGCCUAUUAUGAUGCUAGUUGGGCAAGUUCUAUUGAUGAUAGGCGGUCUACUUCUGGCUAUUGUAUUUUGGUGGGUGGUAAUGUUGUAUAUUGGAGAAGUAAGAAGCAAUUGGUUGUGGCUCGAUCUAGUGCAGAGGCAAAGUACAAAGAGGUUGGUCGACAUUUCAUUAGAGAAAGAGUUGCCAGUGGAGAGAUUUGUCUACCUUAUGUGAGGUAUGAAGAUCAAUUGGCUGAUCGUCUUACUAAAGAUGUUCCCAAAUCAAAGCUCAUUAACAAUUUGAACAAAGCUAGGCAUGAUAAAUAUCUAUGCUCAGCUUGA